GUGUUGGCUGUUGUGGUGAAUGUCGCUUCGCAGUCGCAUGGUUUACGUAAACUUUAUUUGUUAAGUUUUCUAUAAAAACUAGCAAUUGGCUGGUUCUAAUAAUCUUCAAUAAAAUUAAAUUAACCAUGGCAACUAAUUUAGUACGAUUGCUUGAGAGUAGCAUACGAAGCAACAAUGCCGGCGUAGCUUCACGCACUUUGCGGGUAUUUAGCAGCCAGCAGCAGCAAUCGGAGCAGUCGGUGGAAGACGAUGAGGAAUUCCGGGUGCUCAAUCUACGUACUGUCAAACAACAGGCACGCAAGCGUGUAAUAAAGAAGGAGGUGGCACCGCCUCCGCGGACAACGCAUAUGCCUGUAGAUCAAGAUUGGACAGCUGUCUGGUCGGGACCCCGUUCUUUUCACCCUGCCAGCGUACCGCUGCCUUUGCGCCAAGGCUACACAGAGCGAGGAGCAGCUGCUCCCUCAAAGUACGCCAAUGCGGAGCUAAUGAAAAUACCAAAUUUCUUGCAUUUAACGCCACCGGCCAUACGUCAGCAAUGCGAGGCAAUCAAAAAGUUUUGCACACCGUGGCCGAAGGGACUAGAAUCGGAAGCCACCUGGAAGGCUAUCUUCCCCGUAGAAGUCGUCACUACGGACUAUUGCCACAGUCUGCCGACAAUACGGCAUCCGGAGGCUCGUCGCGUCACAAUAACGCUGAAACUGACCGACUUAAAGUUUGAUGCUCAUGCUAAAGACAAAUUUCUACGUCUCGUGGGCGAUCGGUACAACCAGGAGACUGGAGUACUAACAUUUGUCGCUGAUCGCUGUCCGACGCGCAAGCAGAAUUACGACUAUGCUUUGUAUUUGCUGACAGCAUGUUACCACGAGUCAUUCAUUACGGAGCCAUGGGAAGAUAGCAAGUCAGAGGCCGACAUGGAGGUCUAUCUCUUUGAACGGAAUAAGGCAAAGGUUUCUGCUGAGGCAAUCCUCAAUUGGAACGCAACUGGGGAAAAGCAAGCACCCAGUGCUACCUAUGCUGACAGCGUGGAGAAGUUGAUAAACGAGGGCGAAAAUGAGUACAACAUAGCCAAAUAUAAGGAGGAAGUGCUGAAAAUGUUGAAAAUAGCUAUCUAGUAGACACUGAACCACAAUUAUUGAAUUACUGUAAUAAGGUGUACCACA